AGUGCUGGUGUUAACGACCACCACAACACUCCAGAGUAGCAUCAGUGCUGGUGUUAACGACCACCACAACACUCCUGAGCAGCAUCAGUGCUGGUGUUCACGACCACCACAACACUCCAGAGUAGCAUCAGUGCUGGUGUUAACGACCACCACAACACUCCUGAGCAGCAUCAGUGCUGGUGUUAACGACCACCACAACACUCCAGACAACCGCCAGGAUGGCAUCCCCCACCACUGAAACCCUCCUGGAAGUUAUGAGCACCGGAUCCACAUUGAAUUCCACCCUCAUGGAUAAUGAAACUUACUUUCAGAACGAAGUAGACAUUUGCUUGGCGACUUACGCUAGCAGGACCUCUGUACCAUCACCUAAACUGCCAAGAUUCGUUUGUAGCCUAAUUCUAACGGCAGUAGGUCUGUUAGGUAUGGCAGGAAACCUAAUUUCUAUCAAUAUCCUCUCCAGACCGAAGAUGCGUUCCUCCAUCAACUGCUGCCUGAUUGGUCUCACCACCUUCGACAUGAUCGUCACCACCACCUCGAUACUCAUGUUCGGUCUCACCGAAAUCGGCGAGUACACCAAGACCAUGGCUUGGUACACAGAAGGCGUCUUCCAACGAGUCACUCCAUUUGUCUUUCCCCUCGCUCUCAUGGCCCAGACUGGCUCAGUCUACAUGACAGUCACAGUGACGGUAGAGCGGUACAUCGCGGUUUGCCGGCCGCUGCGAGCACGCUCCCUGUGCACCUACGGACGUGCAAAAAUCUACGUUUUAAGCGUGGCUUUCUUCUCCAUCAUUUAUAAUAUUCCCAGGUUUUGGGAAGUUUCUUAUCAGGAGUGCUACGUGAUGGACGAAUUAUUUGUUAUUGUGGUAGCGUCAGAGUUAAGGCAAAAUAAAUACUACGUUCAGCUGUACAUCAUGUGGAUGUACCUUAUUGUGAUGUAUCUGGUGCCCUUCCUCAGUCUGAUGAUCUUCAACUUCUUCAUCUACAGAGAGGUGGGUGUGUAUAAGAAACACUUGCUGACCACCCUGACUCAGAGGAAACAUUUCAUGACCACCCUGACACAGAAGGAACAGUUCCUGACCACCCUGACACAGAAGAAACACUUCCUGACCACCCUGACAAAGGAGAAACACUUUCUGACCACCCUGACACAGAAGAAACACUUGCUGACCACCCUGACUCAGAGGAAACAUUUCCUGACCACCCUGACACAGAAGGAACAGUUCCUGACCACCCUGACACAGAAGAAACACUUCCUGACCACCCUGACAAAGGAGAAACACUUUCUGAACCACCCUGACACAGAAGACACACUUGCUGACCACCCUGACUCAGAGGAAACAUUUCCUGACCACCCUGACACAGAAGGAACAGUUCCUGACCACCAUGACACAGAAGAAACACUUCCUGACCACUCUGACACAGAAGAAACGCUUCCUGACCGCCCCUGCAAGAAGGCACUAGAUGACCCUGCAAGAAGUCACUGGAGGCUACUUGCAAGAGAGCACUAG